GUGACAGAGAGGCGAAAGAGCACAGAACGGCUUGUUGUGUCAGCAGCAGCGGCUCUGGACGAGGGAGGAAUAAAGUGGGAUCCGCGUUUGCCUGUCUUCUAUCAUUUCCCUUUCAGGAAUACUAUUAUUUCCCCCCUUUAUAGGAAGAUAUGAGACGAGUUGUACGGCAGAGCAAAUUCCGUCACGUCUUCGGCCAGGCGGUGAAGAAUGACCAAUGCUACGACGACAUCCGCGUCUCCAGGGUCACAUGGGACAGCUCCUUCUGUGCGGUCAACCCCAAGUUCGUCGCCAUAAUUAUCGAGGCCAGCGGCGGUGGAGCUUUCCUCGUUCUCCCUCUUCACAAGUCAGGACGCAUCGACAAAUCCUACCCAACAGUAUGCGGUCACACGGGCCCCGUGUUAGACAUCGACUGGUGCCCACACAACGACCAGGUCAUUGCGAGCGGCUCCGAGGACUGCACCGUGAUGGUAUGGCAGAUUCCUGAGAACGGCCUCGUGUCCCCCUUGUCUGAGCCGGUGGUGGUUCUGGAGGGCCACUCGAAGCGCGUGGGAAUCAUCACAUGGCAUCCAACAGCGCGUAACGUCCUCCUCAGUGCCGGUUGUGACAACCAGAUAAACAUCUGGAACGUGGGCACAGGAGAGGUCUUGAUCUCCUUGGAGGACAUGCAUCCUGAUGUCAUUUACAAUGUGAGCUGGAACCGCAACGGCAGCCUCAUCUGCACUUCCUGCAAGGACAAGGCAAUCCGUGUCAUCGAUCCUCGCAAGGAGACCAUCAUUGCUGAGAAGGAGAAGGCCCACGAUGGCGCCCGCCCCAUGAGGGCCAUUUUCCUCUCUGAUGGCAACAUCCUGACCACCGGCUUCAGUCGCAUGAGCGAGAGGCAGCUGGCUCUCUGGAACGUGCAAAACAUGGAGGAGCCGAUGACCGUCAGCGAGAUGGACACGAGCAACGGCGUGCUGCUGCCCUUCUAUGAUCCAGACACCAAUGUCGUUUACCUCUGCGGGAAGGGUGACAGCAGCAUUCGAUACUUCGAGAUCACGGACGAGGCUCCUUACGUUCACUUCCUUAACACCUUCGUCACCAAGGAGCCUCAGAGGGGCAUGGGCUACAUGCCCAAGAGAGGCCUUGAUGUCAAUAAGUGUGAAAUUGCAAGGUUCUAUAAACUGCAUGAAAGAAAGUGUGAGCCUAUUGUGAUGACCGUACCGAGAAAGUCGGACCUGUUCCAGGACGACUUGUACCCAGACACGGCCGGACCAGACCCUGCCCUGGAGGCAGAGGAAUGGUUCGAGGGCAAGAAUGGCGACCCCAUCCUCAUAUCCCUAAAGAAUGGCUACGUCCCAGGCAAGAACCGAGAGUUCAAGGUGGUCAAGAAGAACAUUUUGGACAGCAAGACCAACAAGAACGCGGAGAACUCAAGCCCUGCCAACAAGUCUGCUUCUUCAACUCCAUCAAUUAAAUCUGAGGCAAAGAUGGAGGAGAUCUUGAAAGAAAUCAAAUCCCUCAAGGACCUGAUCAGCAGUCAGGAGAAGCGAAUCAUCAAACUUGAAGAGCAGAUGUCCAAAGUUGCCAUUUAAGGACCCUUUAACCCCCUCCCCAUCCCUCUACAAUUCAGGACGUUCCUUUAGCUGGGGGGGCAGGGGCGAGCAGGAACAGUAACCGCCUGUCUCUCUGACAGCGUUUAGUCUGAGUCCUGCCAGCCAUCGAUCCCCAGCGACAUUCCAGAUGAACUUUUUCUUAGCAAGGUCCCAACCCUCAGUGUAACGCAGGUUGAAUAAGAAGGAUUCGGUAAACUUAGCAGAAAGUACUUUGGCUUUUUGACGACAAAGAACAUUCCUUUUAUUCCGUGUCAGUCUUUUAUUUCACCUAGUUGUAUAAAAAAAAAGUCUUAAUUCGUCUCAUUUUAGACUGACCAAAUGAACAACAGUUCCAGUUUUCUUUGAUAUAUCUGUACAUUUUUAAGUAGGUGCCAGUGCUUCAUGUUGGCGUGGUCCCCAAACGAAAAGGUUGCCAAAUUUAAGUUGUUUACACCUCCUGAACAGUAUUUUCUCUCUCUUUCUGUGAGACUGUUUUAAAUCCAAACAGUGAAACUUGGUAGACUGUUUACAUAAAGAGGAUAAUCUAAUUAUUUUUACGACUAGGAAACAGGUAAAGUAACUUUAAUAUGAACCAUGAUUGCCAUUUCAGGUCAGUCAAAAAAAAAAUGCAUUCCAGUCAACACCAAACAUUUAGACAAGAUCCCAAAUUACUAAAUCUGACGAGUCCAUUCCUGCUUUCCGCCUUUUCCUUUGACUCCGUGCAACGACCUCCAUGUUGUCACGCAUGCCUCUCCUCCUCGCAGCAUUAACAUGCUCUCAGAAAUUACUGCCCAAAAUGACGUUCCUCUGAUCUCAUUGGCUGUUCAUGAAAGGACCAAGAAAAAAAAAUUCCUGCUUUCCUCUCUCUGUAAACAGUCUGCUGCAGUGACUCGGUGACGCCGGGCGCUUGGCUUAUGCUCUGUGUGCUGCACAUGGAAAGACCAACACGAGCAUUUUUUUUUUUUUUUUUUUUUGUCACCAUUGCCACAAAAAAGGACACGCAGCUUCCAGUCUCGGUGUUUGUUGUAAACGGUCUCGCUAAAACCACAUGUAGUCGGUUGUAGUUGUUUUUUUUUUUUUUCUUUCUCACUUUUUGUUGUUUAUCCAUCAACUAAAGUCUGUGUGUUCAGUACAAUUGGAGAAGAAGUGACAUCAAGUAACACGCAGUGAUUUGAUAAUUUCAGAGCCCCCCUAUGAUAAAAAGCUGGACGCCAUGGCAGAAGGUGUUCGCGACGAACGGACUGAGAACGCGUGCGUGCCUCCAGUCUCUGAGCUCCUUGCUUCACCUCACUUUGGACCUUCCUGCAUAGUUUCCAGUUCAAAGCGUAGUAAAGGUCUGAGAUCUGCUCAAAGUUUGGGGAAACUGAACCGUUUAGAUGCCACUUUUUUUUUUUUUUUUUUUUUUUUUUUUUUUAUUAAUCCCGUUUCUUGUUCCGGCUCUGCUUGUAUCCCUCUUAGCAUUUCCACUUUCAGAUCCAGCGAGUUACUUCUGUCCUUUUUUAAAUCAGUGUAGUCAUUCCAAAUACCAGAACCAUUGGGGUUGUCCAAGCGGAGUUGCUGCGGCCCAGCAGAGGCCUCGGAUCUGCCUCCCUGUGGGAAGCAGAGACGGGGGUUUGACGGUUCAGUCUGUCUGUUUUGCCUUCGUCAAUCUGUUAACGCUGUGCAGAACUGAAAGUGCCAUAGAGGAAACCCUGAAAGUGCAUGUUGGAGGUUGUGUAGUGAAUGGAGGGAUUGAACGGUGCCUGGAUUUAAAACCACUUUGAGGUGCUAUACUUUGUACUGACACCCUGUUCCUGAAGUGCUGUUUGUCACCAAGCUGGAUGACGCCACCAAGUCCUGCCAGUCAUUCAGACGCUUCCGCCGGGCAGCAUUAUUAUUACGCUCAGUUUGAUCUGGGCAUUGAGCCACUGACAUCCUGACGUUUCUCUUCUUGGUACGGGUAUAAAAAAAAAAAAAAUCUCUUUUUAAAUUGAUUUAACACCAAGAAUCUUUGGCUGUAGCACAGCCUUGGAAGUCAGCGGCCAUCAAGAUACACUUUGAGCGGCGAGUCGAGCAUUUAGCAGUAACAGGAAAUCUAAUGAGGGGUGCCGCUCUGUGGGUUUUAUUUUAUAGAGUGGUUGGUGUAAGAACUUUAGUAUCUAACAGCGAUCCAAAGGGACAAUGUAGGUGGAAGUGAUGCUGAACGAUAGGUUUAUGUAUGUAAUUAAGGUCUAGAAAAACGAGUGAAAGCUGUGUAAAUAUGAUCAGGAAUCCUUUUUGUUUUAGUUUUUUUUUUUUUUUUUUUGUUUCUGUGGUUGUGCUGAAGAGGGCAUCUGUAUGGGUGAUGGGUUUUAAAUGUCUCCCCCCCCCCCUCCCCUUCCCUCUUGUUUGUGUUCCUUGCACCUUGCCAUACCACCAUAAGAGAAAAGCAGAACCUCCAUCACAUAUGAAAAUCAAGAAACUAGAUCAGACAAAAACCAACCAGGACGAAAGCCUCGGUGAGGUCUGCUCAGCUUCUUUUGGUUCAUAAUCCUUGCUUCAAAUAUCAGACAUUGAUUAUAAGAAAAUUAAUAAAGAAUUUUUAAAAUGA